AUGAGUACUGACCAAGGUUCGAUAUUUCAAUGUACACCGUUCACAGUGGAGAAGUUGAGAUGGUGGUUCAACCUACUGGAUGUAAACAAAGAUGGCAGCAUUUCUGAAGCGGAUUUCCAGCUCAUCGCUAGCAGAUACGUCCAGGAAUAUCAGCUUGAAGAAGCAGACACAGCGGAGCUGGGUGACAAACUCGUCAACAGUUGGGGGACACAAAAGCUGGAGGCGGUGGAGGAGGAGGUCAAGCACAAUAUUCCCCUCAUUUCAAAGAUGGCAGACGACUUGAAAGCAGGACUAAACAUUGCUCAAGAUGAUAUCAUUGUUGCCUUUGAGCAGCUGAUAGAACAUAAUUCGCAGCUGGCUAGAUCUACGCUGGAAAAUAUGGUGGCGGCGUUUUUCGACGUUUUUGACUACAACCAGGACAACUACAUCACCAAGCAGGAGUUUGUCGUGGCUAUGAGAUGUUUCGGUCUGGAGGAGCCAGAAGUCGCCGAGACCGUCUUUGUCUGCAUGGGCGGAGACCAGGAGGGAAGGUUGAGCAGGCAAGAGUACGUAGACAGUUGGCUGAACUUUUUACUUGGUUAA